AUGGACUCGGUUGUGGCUAGCGUCGUGGAAAACCUCCACAAGAGAGACGAAUGCGGUGAGAACGAGUACAGCGGCAUGCUUGGUGCCCGUAUCUCCUCGGUGUUCGUGGUGUUGGUGGCCUCCACCUUCGGUGCCGUCUUCCCAAUUCUUUCUUCCAAAUACUCCUUCAUCAGAUUGCCCAGCUGGUGCUUCUUCAUCGCCAAGUUCUUCGGUUCCGGUGUCAUUAUCGCUACUGCCUUCAUCCACUUGUUGGAGCCUGCUGCCGACGCCUUGGGCGAUGACUGCUUGGGCGAUGGCUGGACAAUCUACCCAUACGCCUACGGUAUCUGUCUCGUGACGCUUUUCAUCAUUUUCUUUAUGGAAUUGUUGGCUUUCAGGUACGUCGACAAGAAGCUCGAGUCUCGUGACGGCGGCCACUCCCACUCUCACUUUGGUGACACUUCUGCCUACGUCAAGGACAAGAAGAAUGCCGAGUCCGAUGAGGAGGCCAAGCUCAGCUCCACCGAAGAAAACCCAUACCCUAAGCACUUUGCUCACGCCAACAGCCAUGUGGAUGACGAUGACUCCAAGGACGACUUGGAGAACUUCUACGGUAAAUUGUUGGCCAUCUUCGUCUUGGAGUUUGGUAUCAUUUUCCACUCCGUUUUCGUUGGUUUGGCCCUUGCCACCGCCGACAACGAGUUCAAGACCUUAUACCCUGUCAUUGUGUUCCACCAGCUCUUUGAGGGCUUGGGUUUGGGUACCAGAAUCGCCGCUACCCCAUGGCCUCAGGGCAAGAGAUGGACUCCUUGGUUGUUGGCCAUUGCCUACGGCCUCUGUACGCCAAUUGCCAUUGCCAUUGGUCUUGGUGUGAGAAACAGCUACUCUGAGGAGCACCGUACUGCCUUGAUUGUCAACGGUAUUUUCGACUCCAUCUCCGCUGGUAUCUUGCUCUACACCGGUCUUGUGGAGUUGAUGGCCCACGAGUUCUUGUUCACUGACGACUUCAAGGGUGACGCUGGUUUCAAGCGCAUGAUUGUUGCUUAUGCUAUCAUGUGUGUGGGUGCCGGUUUGAUGGCAUUGUUGGGUAGAUGGGCCUAA